AUGUCUGGGAGUUAUUGGACUUCCACUCAGAGGCAUCAAUGGCAAUACACUAAGGAAUCAUUGACUAAGGAAAGACAAAAGCUGUGGUUGAUGGAAUGUCAAUUAUUUCCACAAGGUUUGAAUAUUGUAAUGGAUUCAAAGCAAGGCUCUAAUGGUUAUCCUGUGACUAAAAAUAUCCCCAUCACUCAUAGAGACUUACAUUAUGAUAAGGAUUAUAACUUGAGGAUUUAUUGCUAUUUUUUAAUAAUGAAAUUGGGGAGAAGGUUAAAUAUACGACAAUGUGCGUUGGCUACAGCUCAAGUUUAUCUUUCUAGGUUCUUAAUUAAAGUUUCAGUAAGAGAAGUUAAUUUAUACUUAUUAGUCACAACAUGUGUUUAUUUGGCUUGUAAAGUUGAAGAAUGUCCUUUAUAUAUAAGGUCAUUAGUGAGUGAAGCAAGAUCUUUGUGGCCUGAAUUUGUCCCUCCUGACCCAACAAAGGUGACAGAAUUUGAAUUUUAUUUCAUUGAAGAACUGGAAAGUUAUCUAAUUGUACAUCAUCCUUAUGAUUCAAUGGAGCAAAUUAUUAAAGCUUUAAAGUCUCCUCCAUUUCAAUUGAUUCCUACUUCUGAUGAUAUACAAACAUGUUGGUCAUUGAUUAAUGACAGUUACAUAAGUGAUGUACAUUUGACUUAUCCUCCUCAUAUUAUUGCAAUUGCAUGCUUAUUCAUUACGUUUUGUAUUAGAGGUAAACUUUCAAAAAAUUCAUUAGACACUACGAAUUUAAUUGAUCCAAAUGAUAAAACUCAAAUUAUCUUCAAUAAAUUUAUGGCCGAAUCACUAGUUGAUCUAGAUGAAGUCAUGGAUACAGUUCAAGAAUUAAUCACUUUAUAUGAUUAUUGGGAUAAAUACCAUGAACCUUGGAUUAAAUUUUUAUUACAUACUUUAUACUUGAGGUCAGGUCAAUUACAAACAGCACAAUCCCCUGUUUCUUCGUCAUCCGCAGCAUAA